GGAGCCCUGCCGCCAUCGGCGAUCAAGCAUCUGGCCUCAGGGAUCUUCAGACCCAGCAGAAGGAUCCGUCACAGGGAGGUGUCCUCCCCAGGGAAGCCAACGAGAGAGCCACCUCCCCACAUCAGGCGUGGGCCCCCCUCACUGACGCUGCUGGCAACCAUACCAGGCCCCUGAACCCCUCAGGCUCCUCCCCGUCACCCUCCUCAGGCCCCCUCCCCGCCUCCAGCCCUCAUCUCAACUCCCAGGUCCCAGCCCUCCAAGCCCCUGCGCCCCUGCUGCCACCUAGCCCUCCAGGUCUCGGCCGCACCAUCCUGGGAUAUUUGCCAGAUCUCUGGGAGGGAGAUCAUCUGUUUGGGCUAUGCCCCCUGGUGGCAUGACAGUGUCUGCCUAGACCCCUGACCCCUGGUCCUCAACUCCCCGGGCCUCCUUUGUGUGAAGAGCCGCCCCUCUGCUCAGCAGCGUGGUUGGGGGCCACAGGGAAAGCCAGCCCCGGCUGGGCCCCCGGCCCCCACCACUUGCCUCCUUGUCAGGCAGCUUCCCCCGGCCUUUGGGCCUCUCCCUGCUCCCCUCGGCCCCUCCUCCUGGGCCGCCUCAAUGAAGGAGCCGGAUGCCAUCAAGCUGUUUGUGGGGCAGAUCCCGAGGCAUCUGGAGGAAAAGGACCUGAAGCCCAUCUUUGAACAGUUCGGUCGGAUCUUCGAGCUGACUGUCAUCAAGGACAAGUACACCGGGCUGCACAAGGGAUGUGCCUUCCUGACAUACUGUGCCCGCGAUUCAGCCCUGAAGGCCCAGAGUGCCCUGCACGAACAGAAGACUCUUCCAGGGAUGAACAGGCCGAUCCAGGUCAAGCCAGCCGACAGCGAGAGCCGAGGAGAAGACCGGAAGCUCUUUGUGGGGAUGCUAGGGAAGCAGCAGACAGAUGAGGACGUCCGGAAGAUGUUCGAGCCCUUCGGGACCAUAGACGAGUGCACUGUGCUCCGGGGGCCAGAUGGCACCAGCAAAGGCUGCGCUUUCGUGAAGUUCCAGACCCACGCUGAGGCCCAGGCGGCCAUCAACACCCUUCACAGCAGUCGGACCCUGCCGGGUGCCUCGUCCAGCCUGGUGGUGAAGUUUGCUGACACAGAGAAGGAGCGAGGUCUCCGCCGAAUGCAGCAGGUGGCCACCCAGCUGGGCAUGUUCAGCCCCAUCGCCCUCCAGUUUGGAGCCUACAGCGCCUACACCCAGGCCCUGAUGCAGCAGCAGGCGGCCCUGGUAGCGGCUCACAGUGCCUACCUCAGCCCCAUGGCCACCAUGGCCGCCGUGCAGAUGCAGCACAUGGCUGCCAUCAAUGCCAAUGGCCUCAUCGCCACCCCCAUCACCCCAUCCUCAGGAACCAGCACCCCUCCUGCCAUCGCUGCCACGCCUGUCUCUGCCAUCCCUGCUGCCCUGGGCGUCAACGGCUACAGCCCGGUGCCCACCCAGCCCACUGGGCAGCCUGCCCCUGAUGCUCUGUAUCCCAACGGGGUUCACCCCUACCCAGCAGCCUACCCAGCGGCCUACAGCCUGGUUGCGCCUGCGUUCCCACAGCCGCCAGCCCUGCAACAGCAGCAGCAAAGAGAAGGCCCUGACGGCUGCAACAUCUUCAUCUACCACCUGCCCCAGGAGUUCACUGACUCAGAGAUCCUCCAGAUGUUCGUCCCCUUCGGCCACGUCAUCUCAGCCAAAGUCUUUGUUGACCGGGCCACCAAUCAGAGCAAAUGUUUUGGCUUUGUGAGUUUCGACAAUCCGGCCAGUGCCCAGGCUGCCAUCCAGGCCAUGAAUGGGUUCCAGAUUGGCAUGAAGCGCCUCAAAGUCCAGCUAAAGCGGCCUAAGGAUGCCAACCGACCCUACUGAGGGUCCCAGGUCUGGAGAUCCCAGAGGAAGGGGCACCUCACACCCUCUUCCCACGACUGGCCCUCUCUGCACAUCUGCCCCGGGCCUUGACCGGGCUCUGGGGCAAAGGCUGCUUCCUGGCCCCGGGGGCACAAGACACCACCCGCUCCCACCACCCGCCUCUCUGAAGGGCCGUGGCUAUGCUUCCCUGGCUCCAAGGGCCUGUUUCCUCCCAGGUGCCCUUUUGGCCUUUGUGAGGGAGCAAGGAACAGGCUUGAAGGUUCCGGGGUAUCUGCCUUCCGCUAGGGCUUCUGUGACGGGCCCUCUGGGCCCGGCGUUUGACCUGCCGCCCCUGCCAGUGGGCCUGUUCGGCAGGCUCAGGCCCCGGAGGGCAGCGGGGGACCUCCCACACCCCCAGCCCGCCCUCGCCCCAGCCUCUUCCCCGCCUUCGGGGGUUUCUCGGAAGCUGGCUCUCACACUCCCCUCCACCCUCAGCUAGAGGUAGGAUAUCCCUGAAUCCUGGGCUCCCAGCUCGAAAACUCACUGCCUCCCCCAAGGGCCCCCUCUGAGGAGGGUGUGGGGGAGUCCUGAGGGCUGCCUCUCCGCCCAUCAGCCACAGAGACCCUCCUCCUUUCACGAGGAAAAGACCUCCCCCUGAACCCCUAAAAAUGUUUACAGUCUCUGCUGGUCCCCUCCGUGUAAAUACCACUACCACCCGUGCGUUAUCCAGCCUGCCCGGCCCGGCCCGGCCCGGCCCGGACGCUGCCAUCUCUCUUUCUGGGAGUUUAGACAAUGUUGCCCUGGGAUUUUUUCUCUCUCUCUUGAUUUCUCCCUUUGCUUUGGGGGGUAACUGGGUCUUGGGAGGAGGGGUGUGGGGAGGGGAAAAGGGGUUUAUUACCUGAUCAUUUUCUUUAGGAAGAGGUUUUAGGCAAAAGAAAUGGGGUGGGGGUGGGAGUGGUAAGGGGAGACUGGGGAGUCAGUUUCAGACAGUUCUCUAUGCUUAACUUAUUUAUUUAUUGCAUUUUACUUUUCAAGAGUCGGUCUUUUCUGUCUAAAUAAAGAAAAAAGUUUAAAAGCA